CUAAAACAUCAUAUUUGGCUAGUAAACAUUAAAUAUUUCCAAAGAAAAUGUCUAGACCAAUGGUCUCGGAGCAGCAGGGGAGCGAUGACUCGGACACGGACCUGCUCCUCGCUACGCUCUCACCGGAGGAAGUGAAGGAACUCGAGCGGGAGCUCGUUUUUAUCGAUCCCGACCCGAGCGUACCGGUGGGACUCCGCCAGCGGAAUCAGACGGAGAAACUACCGUCCAGAGGAUAUAACAGAGAGGCUAUGCUGGACUACUGCGAGCGGGAGACAAAGAAACUGAUCAGGAGAGAGUUGAGCGUAGAGGGAGAGGCAAGAGGGGAUGGCAGAAGGAGAGAUCGACUCCGCCAAAUGAGGAGCAGAGAGUUUUCCAGGUCGCAGAGCAGGGAUCCUCCCGACACAGAGAGCAGAAAUGCAGAGAGUGAAAAAGAUAAGGAGCGAGAGAGAAAAAUGGAGGAUGACUUUAAGGGUUUACCUGAUGAAGGAGUAAAAGACAGAGAGAAUAAAAUGGAGGAAGACAAGAGAGAAGCAGAGAAGACAGGUAAUAAGACAGAAAGUGGAAAAGAACUUUCUAUGAAAGAAAGAGGAAGCAGCAAAACUCUAGACCUCAUAUCCAAACUGCAAGAGAAAAAAGAGGAUAAGAAAGAAAGAGGGAGGAACGAGGAGAAAAGAGCGUGUGAAAACUCCAAAAUACGAGGGUUUGUCUCCAAACUGCAGGGGGAUAAAGAUGCCGAAGGCCUAAAAGUAAAAGACAAUAAAGCAUAUGUCAAGAACCAAGACGAAAGCAGAACUAAAACCAUAGAGGAACCCAAGAACAACAGAGCAGUAGGAAGAUUAAACCUAAAAGGUGGAGAAACGGAGGAGAAGAAAAGCAGAAUUAAAAAUGUAGAAGAGACAAGCAGAAGAAAGGCGAGAGAAGAGGUGGAUGAGAAAAGUCUCUCACAGAGAGAUACAACCAGAGCACAGAAAGAGAGAGAAAAAGAACAAGUAAAACAGUCAGAAAACAAUGAGGUGAAGAUAUCUACCAAUUCCACCUGUAAUAGCUCGGGUAACUGUCAUGGUGCAGAUGAUCGUUCUGUUACUACUGAGGAAGAUGAGUCGGUUAGCGAAGAUAUGGACAGUGAUGCUGGCUCCAGCAUGUUUGACGACCUUCUAGAGCAGGUUCGCAGCGACGACCCUGAACUAACAGAGGUCAAUGUUAAUAAUUCAGAUGCCAUUAAGACUGACACUCUGAUACAGUUUGCUGAGGGUCUUCGCAGCAACACUCACGUCAAAACCUUCUGCCUCGCAAACACGAGAGCGGAUGAUCAUGUUGCGUUCGCCAUCGCUGGAACCCUGCGAAAUAACUCAACCCUGACCGGAAUCAACCUUGACUCAAACCAUUUGACAGGCAAAGGCAUCCUGGCCAUCAUCAACUCUCUUCAGCACAGCAGCACGCUCAUGGAGCUGAGGUUUCAUAACCAGAGACACAUCUGUGGAGGGAAGACUGAGAUGGAGAUGGCCAAAAUCUUACGUGACAACUCUUCUCUGCUGAAGUUGGGAUAUCAUUUCGAGCUGGCUGGGCCCAGGAUGACCAUGACAAACAUCUUGAGCCGAAACAUGGACAGGAAGCGGCAGCAAAGACUAGAAGCUCAAAAACUCGCCAGACUGGACACCACCCACAAAACCCCACGUGAAGAUAAGAGCUCAGUUGAAACAAAUAAGCUGACACCGUCCAUUUACACUCAGAAGAAAGACUCUAAAUUUGUUGCCAUUUCAAAAUUCACCUCUGCUCAGGAAACUCCUAAAGCUCCUCCCACAACGCCACCGUCUAAACCCCUCCCCUCUGAGGUAACAGGAAAGAAAAAAGGAGCAACAGGAAGUCGACAAGCUCCUCCGCCUCCUCCCCCACCUCCCAGUCCAGCGUUAGAUGUCCAGGCACUGAGGAGGUCGCUGACCCCAAUCUCUCAGAGGAAACCAGACAGCAGUGCUGUUGUCCGACAGACGGACAGGAGCUCCAGAGAUCAGCUCCUGCACUCUAUCAGAAACUGCAGCAUGAACGCUCUCAAAAAGGCAAGUUGAGAUCCCUAAGCGGUUGAGAUAGCAUCUGUCCAGGGUAUGUGCUUCUACCAGAUUCCCUUGCAGUCCUCCAGUGCCCCAUCAUCAUCUGUGGAGUCAUUGAAUCAUCAAGAUGAGAUUCCAGCUUACCGUAACUGGUUUAGACACUCUGAAAUACAGCUGAUUAGGAUUAUCUGAAAUCUAAACAUCUGAGGUGGGACACUUGAGUGUGAUUUUCCCCUGGACUGACAGUUAAACAGUCAACAUACUAGAGAGGAGGAAAGGGAAGGUAUUUUAAUUAAAAAUUACGAGGGCACAUGAAAAAAAUAAAAUAAUGAUGUGCACGGAUACAUCAUGUAUAAUAAAUACUGCAAUAUUGAAUAAAAAAAACAACAAGAAUUGUCAAUUUUGAUUUACGGGUGACUUUAAAUUUUACAGUACAUGGUAACUAUAAACUACUAUAUUGAUUAUGUAUGUGAUAUUG